ACAUAGGCCUGUGCGCAGCACCCCUACCGUUUACUUCAACAAGCAAGGCUUACAACACGACUGAAUAUACUGCUGACCCUAUUCCAAGAAGAUGUAUGCGUGCUUUCAAAGAAGCUUUGAGUGAAAAUCUCUGGAAGAUGUGUGUUUGAGUAAGCACUGGAAAGAGUAAAAAGUGCAGGAGAGAGUGAACUCUGUUGAAAGAAGUGGAUAUAAGAGAGGAGCAAGAGUGGACGAAAGGGUAAGAGUGGACGUCAGAGCCUUUGACACUGCUUUAUCAGGUAUAUCUUCUCAGUUUUGGAUCCUGACCAACCAGUUGUGAACCCCUGGUCUGGAGCCCUGAUUCUUCAGUAAGGACCCAAAUUUCAGUGCAGAUGAAACCGUAAAGGAAAGCUGGUUGAUGUCAGGGGAUUUCUGCAAUUGGACAUCCCCUAGCUUAUCAACACCCAGCAUCAAUGAGGCCUCAAGUAAGGAUAUUGCUGCUUCACUGCACAAGAAUGUGCUGUCAUGGGGCGUGUGGCGGGGGCCAGAACAGAAAAAGAGCGUUUCUCAUCGAGGAAUAACACACUCUCACACUGCAGAUAGAGGAUCUUACGGUAGCGUUUCCAGCCUGUCCAGGUCUGCAAGUGUCCCAGAUGUGGUGGGAAGGAGUCCAAAGACGGCUUUUUCUUCUGUCACCAUCACCACCAGGAAGGUUCUGCCAUCAUCCUCCACCUUUCAGGAAACUGUGUACCCAUCUUCUCAAAGACAGCCAUUGAGGGUAUUUUCUGCUAUGAAAGAGGCGUUUGGAGGAGGAAUCUUACCCAUAGAAUUGAGCAGAAUGAGAGUCCCGGAAUCCCAGCCAGAUGUGUGCAGACAGAGCCCUGCCAUUGUAACCUCAAAUGACCUCAGACAAGCUUACUCACCAGCUGAUGGCUUGUCAUUGAGAGAUCGAGGAAAAAGGAAGGCACAACUCACUCAGUGCCGACUGAAGCAUUCAGAAGGAAGCAGGAAGCAGGACGUGACGGGCAGCUCUCUAAUGGAUCUGUCCUCAAAGCCCUCCUUCAGAUCGUGUGUCCAUCUGGAGGUGCCUCUGAAGUCAGCUAGCUCUGUUUUGUUUUUGGACAAGUCACUUUGCAUUUCCCUGGAGGGACUGGAGGAGAGACAAGCAAGUCAACCCAUUUUGUUCAGGUCAACCUUUUCUGUUCGCCUCAGUGGCUCAUCCUACUGCAGAUCUCCUUCAACUAACAAAACAGCCAAAACAAAUUUGGGUUAUGGGAGACCCAGAUCAGCCAAAUUUGGAGGUUAUAAACACAAUAACCAAGAGAGUAAUUUGGGCCACCGCAGAGGUCCUUUACCAAAGCACAGGAGUGACAAGGGUGAGAAAACAGCACCUGCUCACGGUGUGAACAGCAAGGCGGACACACAACACUACGGCGCUACUUCAGGAUUAUUGUCAUUCAGAGGCUCAAGCCACUCAAACACAAAGGCUGAAAGGCAGAAGGGGAAUGCUGAUGAGGCAGCUUUCUCUGUCCGGAGCAAUUUCAGGCACAAGGAGCAAACUUUCAAUACCCAGUCAGGGGACUCCAGAUCCUGCAGCAAGCAAACACCGAGUGACAAGAGAGAGGAGCGACAAGGACAAGACAGUUCAACAAAGCCUCAGAAAGUCUUCAUUUUGGAGAAUACCUUUUCUGUUUCAAAGGCUGACUCUCUGGAAGAAAAACCCAAAACUCUUAGCCUCAAAGAGGCUUUGGAGCUCUUCAGGCCAGACUUCAUCAGUCGAUCUCAAGGUCGGGUGAGGAGGUUGGAGCAGAGGGCUAUGAGGAGGAGAGCGCUGCAGGAGUCCAAUCCAGACCUAGUGCAGGACCAGAGGGAGGAGGGAGGCAGACAAAGGAGAAAGUGCACCACACCGGAUCCACUUAGCGAAAGUGUAACCAGCAAGGCUGAAAUGCAAGAAGAAUCAAUGAAUCGGGACCGUGGUACCACUGUACCUCUGCUACUAAAGGGCCAGGAGCGCAGACCUGUCUGCGAGCUCAUGUCUGGGAGUUAUCCUGCGUCACUGCAGCUGCUGGUACGUGCGGAAGGUGAACAGCUGAUCCUGUUGCUGGAGAAGAAUGAGGGUCUUUUUGCAAGCCAUUACACAGAGACACAUUACCGGGAGGAUGGAAGUGCAGUCACUGGUGCUCACAAAAACACGAAGAACUGCUACUACCACGGCAAAGUGCAAGCGCAUCCAAACUCUGAUGUCUCUCUCAGCACCUGCUCAGGCCUUCGAGGCUUCAUCGCGCUCGAGAACAGAACAUUCAUCAUAGAGCCGGUGUCUGGCAGUGACAACUGUGCUCACUUCAUCUACCGAGGGGAAGAACUCAGUCUGACCCCAGGAGCCUGUGGCCAUGGCUUCAAUAUGUCCUCAAUUGCCCCUGAAAACCACAUCAAAAGCCCCUUCCAGUCCUUCCACUCCAGGCAUAAAAGACAUGCUCAGAAGACAACCAAGUAUGUGGAGUUAAUCAUCGUUGCAGACAACAGAGAGUUCCAGAAACAGGGGAGAGAUGUGGAGAAGGUGAAACAGAGACUGGCAGAAAUAGCCAAUUAUGUGGACAAGUUCUACAGAGCCCUUGACAUCCGGGUGGCCCUGGUGGGUCUGGAGGUGUGGAGUGACUCUGAUAAAUGUCCCAUCACCCAGGAUCCCUUCACCACCCUGCACGAGUUCCUGGACUGGAGGAAAGUCAAAUUGCUGCCUCAGAGACCUCAUGAUAACGCUCAGCUUAUAAGCGGCGUCUACUUCCAGGGCACCACCAUUGGCAUGGCGCCAAUAAUGAGCAUGUGCACAGCUGAGCAGUCUGGAGGCAUUGUCAUGGAUCACUCUGAGAACCCACUAGGGGCAGCUGUGACUUUGGCACAUGAACUUGGACACAAUUUUGGCAUGAACCACGACACCCCAGAGCGAGGCUGUGGCUGCAGGAUGACUGUUGAUCGAGGAGGCUGCAUCAUGACCCCCUCCACAGGGUAUCCAUUUCCAACUGUGUUCAGCACAUGCAGUAAGAAGGACCUCGCUGCCAGUCUGGAGAAAGGUGUGGGCAUGUGUUUGUACAACAUGCCAGAGGUCAAGGUGCUCUAUGGUGGACAGAAGUGCGGUAAUGGCUACGUGGAGGAGGGAGAAGAAUGUGAUUGCGGGGAGCCAGAGGAAUGUAUGAACCCAUGCUGUAAUGCCACCACAUGCACACUGAAGGGAGACGCAGUGUGCGCCCAUGGACAGUGUUGCGAAGAAUGCCAGCUGAAACCUGCUGGCACCCUCUGUCGAGAGUCCAGUAACUCCUGUGACCUGCCAGAGUUCUGCACUGGAGCCAACCCUCACUGCCCCGCCAACGUUUAUCUGCAUGACGGGCACGCCUGCCACAACGUUGAAGGGUACUGCUACAACGGCAUCUGCCAGACUCACGAACAACAAUGCAUCACCCUAUGGGGACCGGGAGCCAAGCCUGCCCCUGGGAUAUGCUUUGAGAGAGUCAACUCAGCAGGGGAUCCUUAUGGGAAUUGUGGGAAGGACUCCAAAGGCUCCUUUGCCAAAUGUGAUGCAAGGGAUGCAAAGUGUGGUAAAAUUCAGUGCCAGGGAGGUGCCAAUCGACCAGUGAUUGGAACAAACGCUGUUUCCAUUGAAACCAACAUCCCUCUACAAGAAGGAGGGCGUAUUCUCUGUCGAGGGACACAUGUUUACCUAGGUGAUGACAUGCCAGAUCCUGGGCUGGUUCUGGCUGGUACAAAGUGUGGAGAUGGCAUGGUGUGCCUGAAUCGGCAGUGCCAGAAUGUCAGCGUGUUUGGUGUGCAUGAGUGCUCUGGGAAGUGCAGUGGACGUGGGGUGUGCAACAACAAGAAGAACUGUCACUGUGAGGCCCACUGGGCUCCUCCGUUCUGUGAAAAAGCAGGCUUUGGUGGGAGCAUUGACAGCGGGCCAAUGCGACUGGCAGAUGUGCGUGUGUGUGUAUUAAUGUGCGUGUUGUCAUAUAUGGCAUCAGCCGACAGUGUGGUCAUUACUGUGGCAAUCCUGGUUACCCUGGUCAGCCUCCUGAUAACCAUGGUGAUCGUCUUUCUGAAGAGGAAGACUCUGCUGCGCCUUCUCUUCACCAAUAAGAAGAACACCCUGGAGAAACUCAGAUCCAUUGAGGCAAACAGGCCGACCAGCCCCAUCAGGUCUCAGUCUUUGUACAGACCCACACCACAGCGCAAGCCCCCACCUAAACCCUCUACUGCCAACAUUUAUAAGCCGUCUCUCCUGAGUGCGGAGCCUCUUCUCCCUCCACACAACUUCCACUCUCACAGCCUGCGCCGCCUGCCCCUCUACCAGCCGUUACACAUCAGCCACCCCAUGCCUGUGUCUCUGAGUGUGGGCCAGCCCACCUUGCCUCCUCUCCCAGUCCACCACAGGGUGCUACCUGCGCACAGGUCUCUCUCACCACCUGAGGUCCAGCCUUUUCUCAGUCUGCCACGCCAGCAGCCAUCAUACAGAGAAGACCAGGACUUUGACAAGCCCAGUCCACCCCAGAAACCCCUACCUGCAGACCCCCUAGGGAGGAGCUCUCGGCUGGUUCACCGUCCUUCAGCAGCAGGAGUCCACUUCCCUGGGACUGGACCCCUCCCCAUACCAAUCCCCACUGUGCCCAGACCCCCACCCACCAUCCCUUUACCCAGCAGACCUGUGCCAGUGUUACCGUACAGACCACCAAAGAUUCACAAGGACUACGGGGCUCCUAAUUCCUAAUGCUGUGGAUGAGUAGAUCUGCAAACAGGUGGAGACUUUUUGAUUUGCACUAAUAACUGAGACUCUGUGGGAUUUUGGACACAAGACAGAGUCUCUCAUGAUGGGGAGGUAAUGCCACAUCUCGGUGCUACACCCCUAAAAAGGUGCUUUGUUGUCCUCACUCAGGUACCAAUGAACUAUUUAUCUAUUUAACUAUUUAACUUGGAUUUUGACAAUGCGUGCACAGAGCACUCUGAUUGAGAGUGAGAAGUUUAGAAAAGAAAGACUCGUGUUUUGGAUGUUUUCUUUUGCAAUUUUAAUGAUUUUUAUACUUUUAUUUCCUCAAAUGAAAUGCUGAAAUCUAUGUUUUUAUAGCCAGUGAAGUUGCUUAAACCAUUAAAGCACCAAAAAAGUAAGUUUGGAUUCAAGUGGUGAUAAAGGGAAAUGGAGCACAACUCAUUAAGUUGGCAGCACACCUGAUGGGCUGUAGAUGGGAGUUUAUUUAGAUUUUCUAUCAUGUAUGUAUUCAAUACCAAAUACAUCUUUUCUAUCCAUGCUGCCAAGGUUCUACUAAGUAGAUAUAUUCAAGUCUUUUUAUGGUUUAAAUGCAGUGCUCUUAUACAAAAGCCGCUUAUUACAUCUUUAAUGUGGCAUUAAUAUGAUCAGCUUGACUUUAAAGUCUCACCGCCAGACUCUUUUAUUCCCUUUUAAGUUCACGUUUGCAGAAAUAUUUCACACAUUUCAGACUCUGAGGCUCUGACACACUGCUCGUGGCACGUGUUGGACGCCCAACAUGCUCUCCUGAUAGCUGGCAGAUGCUGCAGAGUCUCCACAGUUUCGACAGACUGAUUGUGUUCCAGAGAAUUACACCAACACCAAAUGAUUCAAUAAUAACUCUGGUGUUUGUAUGUUUUACAUUUACGCUCACUUUAUUUCUAAGUGUGCGAGCCAAGGAGAAUGACUUCAGCGUUGUGAGCUUUGCCAAGCUCCCCCUCGGCUGUGCUUCUAACAAGAUGUUUUACCAUUUCUCUCCUGUCUUCUUUGUUUUUUUUCUGCCUUCAUAACAUUCCAAUAUGAUUUUGUAUUUCUCCUUUUUGUCUUUUUCUUGAGAUAAAUGUAUGAUGGCAUCUAUUACCAGAUUCAGAGCUCAAGAGUUGCACUUUUAUUUUAGCAGUUUCUUUCAUUGUUGUUGACAUAUAGGAGGGAUUUGAAUAUUACAGCAGAGUUUUUUUUUUCCCCGUGUCAGUUUUCAUUUUUGAUAAUUUAUGUCAUAUUUAGAGCAUAUCCAAAACACAGCCCUGGUCCCCUCACAUGUGCAGAAUGAUGGAAGUCGGUAAAACGCUGCCUCGCGUGUCAUAUUUUGGACGUGCUCAGAUUUGUCCGACAGUUGGUGUAACAGCUCUCCGAUUGAAAAUAUUUGUCAGUGCUGUGUCGAUUAAUUGUUAAAUGUUUAUUCCAUUUGUAAGCCCUAAUGUACUGUGUUUAUUUCUAUGUCUGUAACAUGUUUAAAGCCAUUGUAAAGUGUAAAUAUUGUCUGUCACAAUUUCUCUUUUUGUUCUUUUUUUUACAUGCACAGCAAAGAACUGAGAACUGCUUUGAGGCUAAACCCAAGGUUUACCUGUGAAAAGAUUCAACCUUUAACUUCUAGGUUGAAUCUUUCAGAGACCAGUGUUUAAGAGAAAAAAACUGAAACUGAUUGAAAGAAAUCAGGGUCAAAUAAAAGAUCCUUUAUGACUGUU